AAUUCUCUAACACUGAUUACGUCAUUUGGUGGAAAAGAACUUCUCCUCCUAUCCUUUGUCUCGUGCUCGUCUCGUUCCGCGUUGAAGAGUUGUUCGUCAUUGGCAGCGAGUACUAUUCAAUUCCAUACGCGCGCAAUUAACGUUAGACCAAAUUAAAUCAUUAAUUACCCAAUUAAUAAACCCAAAUUUUUUAAUUAAAAAAACAUUUAACAUUAGUGCUGAAACGGUAUAUAUAGCAGACCACCAAGGUAAGGAAGGUCCAGUCGCACAAUAGUUUCCUAAAUUACAACGUUGCCCCCAUCAAAGAAAAAGAAGAAACAGAGAGAGAAAGAGAAAGAGACCCAAGCAAAAAAAAAAAUAACUGAUUGGGUGGUGUGAAAUGCUGGCGAUGGGGUUGCAACGCGGUGGCGGUACCCCGGCGGUGUGAGAUCUUACGGUGGCGCUGAGCAUUUCCGGUGACCCUUUUGCGAAAUGGGUUCGGGGCCGAUUGGUGGCGGCGGUGGCGGUGGCGGUGGCGGUUGUUCUAACGGUGGUAACGGUAGUUGUUGUGAUAUGAGUCUCAAGUGUUCGUGUAGGUGGAGAUUGGAGAACCAACAGUAUUAUAAGCGGUUUUUUUCUUCUGGUUUCGUUUUCUUUUUUGGGUGUUUCGUUUUGUUUGGAUCGAUUGCCACGCUCUAUGGUUGGCUCGCUUUCUCGCCCGCAGUGCACACCGCUCUCUCUCCUUUUGGUUGCCAAGAGGACAAUGAGGGGUCUUGGUCAAUUGGGAUUUUCUAUGGUGACUCUCCUUUCUCUCUUAAACCCAUUGAAGCUGCGAAUGUAUCCAACGAUGAUAGUGCUGCUUGGCCGGUCGCCAAUCCGGUGGUGACGUGUGGUUCGGUUUCUGAUGCUGGUUUCCCCAGUAAUUUUGUUGCUGACCCUUUUCUUUUUAUUCAGGGAGAUACCUUUUACCUGUUCUAUGAGACAAAAAAUUCAAUCACUGUGCAAGGUGAUAUUGGAGUUUCAAAAAGUACUGAUAAGGGUGCAACAUGGCAACAACUGGGAAUUGCCUUGAAUGAGGACUGGCAUCUUUCUUAUCCAUAUGUCUUUGAGCAUGGUGGCAAGAUAUAUAUGAUGCCUGAGGGCAGUAAGAAAGGAGAUCUUCGUCUCUACAGAGCAAUUAACUUUCCUUUGCAGUGGAGAUUGGAAAAGGUCAUCAUGAAAAAGCCCCUUGUUGAUUCUUUUAUCAUCAAUCAUGGUGGGAAGUAUUGGCUUUUUGGCUCAGAUCAUAGUGGGUUUGGAACCAAGAAAAAUGGGCAGUUGGAGAUUUGGUAUAGCAGAUCGCCUCUUGGUCCUUGGAAACCGCACAAGAAGAACCCCAUUUAUAACAUUGACAAGAGCUUGGGAGCUCGUAAUGGAGGCAGGCCAUUUAAAUAUGAAGGAAAUCUUUAUCGCACGGGUCAGGACUGUGGUGAUACAUAUGGUAGACGGGUGCGUGUUUUUAAGAUUGAAACUCUUACUAGUGAAGAAUACAAAGAAGUUGAAGUACCAUUAGGCUUUGUUGAACCAAACAAGGGUCGAAAUGCUUGGAAUGGUGCUCGAUACCAUCACUUAGAUGUGCAACAUCUGCCAUCUGGUGGCUGGAUUGGUGUUAUGGAUGGGGAUCGUGUUCCUUCUGGAGAUUCAGUCCAGCGAUUCAUGGUAGGUUGUGCUUCUGUUGCAGUUGCUGCUAUACUCAUUGUGCUGUUGGGUGUGUUGCUUGGAUUUGUGAAUUGUUUUGUCCCUCUUAACUGGUUCAUUCAUAACUCUGGGAAGAGGAAUUUAACUUUCUUGACGUGGGAAAGGUCAAAUAUGUUCUCUUCAAGAGUAAGACGGUUUUGCAGCCGCUUGAACCGGGCCCCGACAUUUCUCCGAGGUAAGAUAAAGCAUAAUGCUUGUGCUAGGAGGUUCAUUCUGGCUAUUAUAUUUGCUGUGGGGGUUGGAUUGAUGUGCAUAGGAGUGAGAAAUAUUUAUGGCGGUAACGGUUCAGAAGAACCUUACCCGUUGAAAGGACAAUAUUCCCAGUUUACAUUAUUAACAAUGACCUAUGAUGCUCGUCUCUGGAAUUUGAAGAUGUAUGUGAAACAUUACUCAAGAUGUUCUUCUGUGCGGGAGAUAGUUGUGGUGUGGAACAAGGGAGUCCCUCCGAAGUUGAGUGAUCUUGAUUCUGCAGUACCAGUAAGGAUCAGGAUAGAGGAAAAGAACUCUCUAAACAAUCGGUUCAAGGAUGAUCCGUCUAUAAAGACACGGGCAGUCCUUGAGCUUGAUGAUGACAUUAUGAUGACAUGUGACGAUGUCGAGCGUGGUUUUAAUGUGUGGCGUCAGCACCCUGAUCGCAUUGUUGGAUUCUACCCUCGGCUUAUUGAUGGGAGCCCAUUAAAAUACAGAGGAGAAAAAUAUGCAAGGAUGCAUAAAGGGUACAACAUGAUUCUUACUGGUGCUGCUUUUAUGGAUUCUCAAGUAGCUUUCAAGAGGUACUGGAGUAAAGAAGCAAAGCAAGGGAGGGAAAUAGUGGACAAGAAUUUUAACUGUGAAGAUGUGCUCUUAAAUUAUUUGUAUGCAAAUGCAAGUUCAUCAAGGACAGUUGAUUAUGUGAAACCAGCUUGGGCGAUUGACACUUCAAAAUUUUCAGGCGCAGCAAUCAGCCGAAACACGAAAGAGCAUUAUCGGUUGAGAAGCCAUUGCCUGAUAAAAUUUUCAGAGAUGUAUGGAAGUUUAGCUGGUCGAAAAUGGGGAUUUGACAGUAGAAAAGAUGGUUGGGAUGUAUAGUAGGGGAGUUUUCUAUAGCUAGGUCCUUGCCAACUUUUGUAUUUUUCAUCUUUGCGGCUAUAAAGUCUUCUUGUCUAUACUUGUACCCCCACUUUCUAGGGGGUUUUCCAAUAGAAUGUCUGCAACAUGUAAAUUGGUUCCAUAAUGGCCUUUUCAUGUUAUAUUUUUUAAUUUGUGCCUCCAACCCCCCGAGGCUGAUUUGUCAUAGAUGGUGUUGGGAUUGAAGGAAGCAUAGGGAAAGACACAGAUUCAUCAAGGAUCAUUCAUACAUGCAAAAUAGGACUAAAACUAUUUCCCAAAGACAUUCCUUAGAAUACUGUAAUUCUGAUCCUGGCAUUGAUUCUAAUUUUGAUUGCUUUUUCACUACUUCUUAGCCUUUUUUUUUGGGGGGUUCCUUUCUUUUAUUCUUAGAUUGACUCUGGUUUCUGGUUUCUGGUUUAGGAUGGGGGAUGAUUGAGUCUACAUCUAGCAAGCAAAAUGAAACAACUCUGGAGUCGCUGUUAUAUAACCCUGUUUAAUUAUUUUUAAUGACGUCUAAAAUUAUAUAAAUUAUUAUACAAAAUGCGUUUACACAUAGUAAUAAUGAUUUAGAUAUCUGAAAAAUGACACAGCAAAAAGAAAAAUGGUUAUUGAAGGAACAUGAUGCGUAAAAAUGCAUCUACAAGCAGCAGCGAUCCCAGGCCUGGCAGAGAAUUUUUCGAACCUUCUCAUGAUUCUGGAUAAUUCGUGUUAGCUACGAAGUCUGCAUGAACAUGCUUCAACAACAGCAUGUGCAGUUCUCGCCAUCCCCGUAAGAGUAAAGGUAAUUUCUUGAUUAUUAAUUUAGGAUUUGACUAAAAUAAGAAAACAUGUGAAGUGAGAAAGUGAAACUCUAUUUAUUAUUAAUUUAAAUUUGAUUAUAUUUAUAAAAUACUUUAAUUCAAAUUAACUAUGGAUAGUGUUUAACUUUCUUACUUCAAAUAUUUUCUCCUUUUAGUAUAGUUAAAUCUAUUAAUUUACUAAUUAAUUGUUAACAUAAUUAGGUAGAGGAGUU